AUGUACAGGCAAAUAAUGGUAAACGGGGAGAGCCAGCGGUAUCAACACGUUUUGUGGCGCAAAGAAAUGGAAGAGGAGAUAAAAGAGUAUCAGUUGACAACAGUAACAUUUGGAACAGCCAGUGCUCCUUUCCUAGCGGUCAGAACAUUGAUACAAAUUGCCAAAGAAUGCGAGGAUGCUGAAGUGAAAAGAAUAAUUGAGGAAGAUUUUUAUAUGGACGAUCUUCUUACUGGUGCCGACUCGAUAGAGGAGUGUCUACAGCUUCAGCAAAAGAUAUCAAGACAAUUAGAGCGCUACGGCUUCCAUUUAAGGAAAUGGUGUUCAAACAGUGAGCAAGUCAUAAAAUCUUCGAAAGCAGACAAGGAGUUUGAUAUAAUAGAUAUCGACGAAAACACCAAUGUGAAAACUUUGGGGCUACAAUGGAAACCCAAUGAAGACUAUUUUCGGUUCAAAAUAUCAGAAUACUCAUCUGAGGUUACAACUAAAAGACUGGCGUUGUCGUAUUUAGCCAAGAUAUUUGACCCACAUGGUUUGCUGACACCAGUCAUAAUAACGGCUAAGAUAUUCAUACAAAGCUUGUGGCUGCUGAACAUAUCUUGGGACGACACAUUAACUGAGGAGUUGGAGAAGACCUGGAAGCAGUUUGUGACGAAAAUUUCAUCUCUGCAGGACGUCCAUAUACCUAGAUGGCUGAAUACUUCGUCCACCAAUAAAAUACAAAUUUUGGGAUUUGCAGAUGCAUCUGAGAAGUCAUAUGCAGCCGUAGUGUAUGUUAAAACUGGAAAAGGAGUGGCUUUGCUUGCUGCUAAAAGUAAAGAGAACCCAAUUAAAAACAAGAAGACUCUUCCGAAACUAGAGCUUUGUGCAGCCUUUUUGCUGCCGAGGCUCUUGAGAAAAAUCGUUAAUGUAGUCAAAGCGGAUUUGGAAGUUUAUGCUUGGAGUGACUCUACAAUAACUUUGGCUUGGAUAGAGAACAAUAGGAGUAAGGAUAAGUUUAUAAGAACACGAGUAACCGGCAUACGAAAUUUGGUUCCUGAGGCGCAAUGGCGGUAUGUCAAAUCAAAGGAAAAUCCAGCAGACUUGGGAUCGCGAGGAGAGUCUCCAGAUAAAUUGAAGGGCUUAAAAUUGUGGUGGAGUGGUCCCGAAUGGUUAAGCAUGCCAGAAGCGGAGUGGUCCCUAGCCCCGCCAGAAGCAGAGUUGUUGAAUGCAGAGAAAUAUCUUAUUAAAGGUCAUCAGAUUGCAGAAUGGCCACUGGAGUUACAGAAGCUAAAAAAUGAGCUACAGAUUAAUCAUCGGCACAAGUUGUCGACCUUGCAACCAUAUGUGGACGAAGAAGGGAUCCUAAGAGUUGGAGGUCGAUUGCAGUACUCCAAUUUGCAGUUUGAUCAAAAACAUUCAAUAAUUAUUCAGAAGAUCCAGACUGGUGGACUUAAUUAUCCGGAACGCACAUGA